UAUACCAUUAGGAAAGAGGCAUAAUUCAACUCGCUCAGGAAGAAAAGUGUGGGACGUGAAUACCAAAUUAGCUACAGGGAUGAUUCAUGCAGGAGUUGGGCAUUCUCAGCUCCAGAGUAUUUUUAGUACCCUUAACUUCCCCCCUUUGGGUCACAACAUUGUAAAAAGGAGUGAAAGGGAAAUUGGGAUAGCCAUAGAAGAGGUGGCACAGUCAUCCACUGAUUCAGCAACACAAGAAGAAAUGCACUUGCUAAAUGCUGCCAAUACUGCGGAACCAAAGUUAGAAGUGAGUGUGGAUGGUGGGUGGCAAACACGUGGAAGUGGCCGUAAUUAUGGCAGUCUUUCAGGUCACUGUGCAAUGAUAGGCACAAAAACUGGAAAAGUUCUGUCUUACUCUGUUAGAAGUAAAAAAUGCAGAUUUUGCAAUCUUAGUCAGAACCAAAUGAAAAGGCAUGACUGCCGUAUGAACUGGGAAGGAAGUGCAAAAGCUAUGGAAGCAGACAUGGUAGUUGAAAUGGUCAAGAACUCAUCUAAUACUAUCUGCUCCAUAAUUGGAGACGAAGAUAGCACCACCAUCGCACGUGUCCAUAGAGAGGUUGAUGAAGGCAUCCAAAAGAUAUCUGAUACCAACCAUAUCAAGAAAAUAUUAACUAACCAGCUAUAUAGCCUUCAACCCAAUCACAAACAAUUAUCUUCAAAAAUUAUAAAAUACAUUCAAAAGAAUUUCAGUUACAUGUGCCAACAAAAUCAAGGUGACAUUGAAAGUAUAAAGAAAGGUCUGGUUGCUAUUCCCUGCCAUUGCUUUGGGGACCAUCGCCAUUGCAGCAGCUCUUGGUGUGGACAUUUAAAGAAUCCAGAGAGCCACAAAUUUAGAUCACUUCCUUAUGGCCGUCCACUGAAUGAUCCCAGCCUAAAGGCGAAACUCCAACAAAUAUUUGGACAUUUUAAUCCAGAAAAACUUUGUAAUUUGAAAAGCACUCAAGCUAAUGAAAAUUUGAAUAACAUUAUAGCAAGCAAAGCACCUAAAUCUAAGUAUUAUAGUGGUUCAGAAAGCCUGAAUUUCAGAGUAGGAGCUGCAGUGGCACAAAAGAACGAAGGCCAGUCAUAUGUACCUGAGGUAAAUAGAAGAGUUGGUGUCUCUCCAGGCGCAAACACCAUAGCUUUAGCAAAAAAACUAGACUCAUUGAAGAAGAAAAACAAAAUAAAAAGAUCAAACAGAAAGGCUAAACUCAGGAGGCUCCAGCUGAAAGCUAUCAAAUAUUCUAAAAAGAGUGCCCAAGAGCUGAGGGAAGGAACAUCCUAUUCCACCAAUAUUGAUAUUGAAACAGAUGCACCGGAUACAGAAAGGAUUCCUCCACCAUUAAAGCAACCUACUACCAAGUCUGUAUGCCUGAACAAUGUGCCAUUGGUAUAUUUUGAUCUAGAGACAACUGGUUUAGGAACAAAUGCUCAUAUCACACAGAUAGCAGCCCAGGGAUCGAUGGGAAAAUUCAAUGAGUAUGUGAUUCCUAAGAAGUGCAUCACUGCUGAGGCUUCUGCCAUCACUGGCAUUAAGGUGCUGGGAGGACAAAUUUACCACCAUGAUCAGCCAGUGGAAGCCUUAAAGAUAAGAGCAGCAUUGCAGAGGUUUAUCCAGUUUCUUGAUCAGAGUAACCCAGUUCUUUUGGUUGGGCACAACAUUCGCUCGUUUGAUUCAAGGGUGUUGUGUAAUGCAGCAAAAGCAUGUGGCAUGUUGGGAGCACUUGAAAAAAAUGUGUGUUCCUUUUUUGACACUCUCCCAUUUUUUAGACAGAUCUUGCCAGGCAGGAAAUCAUAUAGGCAAGAGGAAUUAGUUUAUGAUUGUCUUGCAGUAAAGUACCCUGCACAUGUUGCCUGUGAGGAUGUUGAAAUAUUGAAAAAAUUAGUUGAUUCCUUUACACCUUGUCCUGAAACCAUGGCAAAGCACUGUUUUGAUGUUAAUUUUGUUAAAGAGUCAUUGGUAGCGUUGGCAGCGAAGAAGAAAAAUCUAGAAACUCUUGGUCCCAUUAAAAAUCUCGUCAGUAAAUCCAUGCUAGAGAAGAUUGCUAGCAGUGGCCUACAGUUAAAACACAUAAAGCUAGCAUUUGACAGAAACAGUCAUCAGGGAGUUGCUGAUCUUUUAGGUGAAAAAAUGAAAAAUGGAAAACCAAGAGUAACAAAAUCUAUUAAAAUUAUAUCAUCAGUUGUGUCUUUUUUCCAUUAGGCACUGGUAAAGUUUAUUUGUUGAACUGUUAAAGUGCAAUAUGUUGUUAUUGUUGGAUUUUUGACUUUUUGAGUGGUGCUGGUACAUACAACAUUAAUGAGAUUACUCUGAUCAAGAAAUUGGAUAAACCUCUGCAAUG